UAAAAUACAAGUUAAACUCAGAACAAAUAUUCUCCAAAUCCCCAAUUAAUUAAGCAAAGAUGACCAAGUUUCUAUGGGGGUUUGUGCUACUCAUCACCCUCUCAACAGUUGGAGAGGGAAACACGAGUCCCAACCGAGCAUGCAACCCCGAUGACCUCAAAGGUCUAACCAGUUUCAAGGCCGGAAUCCACGUUGACACUUCCGACCGCCUAGCGACAUGGGUUGGCAGUGAUUGCUGCGCGUGGGAUGGCAUUACCUGCGACAAUAGGACCGGCAGAGUGACAGAGAUCAACCUACCAGGCUUCAUGACAAAAGAUGAUGCUCCUUUCGAUGCCUGGAUGGAAGGUUCUCUCUCUUCCAAAAUAACUCUCAUAUCAUUCCUUGAAGUUCUGCAUCUUGGUGGUUACUCUGGCCUUUCCGGGAAGAUCCCAAAACUCAUAGGCUUUCGCCUUCCGAAGCUCCGAAAGCUCUACCUCUACAAAAACAGCCUCACUGGACCAAUACCAGAAUCCAUUGGUAGGCUUUCAAAUCUAGAAGAACUUUUUCUGCCUGGGAACAAAUUUUCUGGGUCAAUCCCAUCAAGCAUUGGUAGCCUUAAGAAUCUGAGUUCGCUACAAUUGUACUCGAAUCGCCUUUCGGGUUGUAUGCCAGAUUCACUUGCAAGUUUGACAAAUUUGGUGCAUUUGGAUCUUAAUAGCAAUUCUCUAACUGGUCACAUCCCACAGAGAAUUGGUCAGUUGCAAGUCUUGCAAGACCUUGAUCUUUCAAACAAUCUUUUGUCCGGUAAGCUUCCACCUUCAAUGGCUAAUCUUUCAGCCAUUCAAGUUAUUUGGUUGGACACUAAUUUUCUUGAGGGGCCAAUUCCAUUCCCGUCAAGCUCUGCGAAAAUGACUUCUCUCAGGCUCUUAAGGCUGCAGAAUAAUCGACUCAUCGGAAAAAUACCACCCAACUUCGGAGAUCUGGUUUCGCUCGAAGUUGCUUUCUUAUCAAAUAACAAGCUUGAAGGAGAAAUUCCAAAAUCCAUUGGUCAACUCUCACAUCUUGCAUACUUCAACAUCGCUCACAAUAUGAUUCAAGGAUCACUGCCUUCUGAGAUGUCUUCCCUCAAAAAUCUCAACUCGCUCGAUCUGUCAUUCAACCGUUUGAGAUUCUCCUCCGUUCCAAGAUGGUUUGCAGAGUUGCCUGUUUCUCGAAUUUCCUUGGCAAGUUGCGGAAUUCAGGGCCAAAUUCCAGAGCUCUUACGCACGAUUCCGACUCUCAUACAAGAACUAGACUUAUCAGCCAACAAUCUCACCGGAAGCAUUCCGACAUGGAUUGGAGAUGGAAAGUUUGCUCAGGCGCUCUACUCAUUAAACCUGUCCGAUAAUUCGCUUGUUUCAAAGAUCCCCGACUCAAUCGCAAACUUGCAAAGGUUGAUUUUGCUUGAUCUCCACGCAAACAAGUUAGCUUCCAACUUGCCAGAGGCCUUGGGAAAUCUAAGCAUGCUAAAGACUCUCGAGUUGCAGCAAAACCGCUUUUCCGGGAAAAUUCCAUACGGGUUGUUGAAGUUGAGAGAGCUAAAAACGUUGAACUUAUCAGACAAUCUUCUGGAGGGGAAAAUCCCAGAGGGUAAACCGCUCAGUGACUUUCCGAAAAGCUCUUACUCCGGAAACAAUGGCUUAUGCGGAAAGCCUCUGGCUCCCUGCAAAGCCUAGUUGAAGGCCUCCUAUCUAUGCAGCCAAAUAACUUUUGGAAUAGAGCUCUAAAUCUCCGAUUUAUAUAAAUUUAUAUUUCUUUCAAGCAUCUGAUCUUAAGUAGUUUGAAAACUGAAGGAUGCUUGUUGCCUCAGUUCAUUGGAGAUUCUUUAGAGUAUAAAACGACACAAAAGAUGACAGAAUUUCUUCUUGAAUUUGAGCUGUAUUAAUGAAUAAUUAUAAGAUUUACAUAA